CUCCGGCAUCAAGUGCAAUACAAACAGACGGCUCUGGCUCCGUCUUCUUCCAGACUUGAUGGUGAAAGGGGGAUCCAGAGAAGUGGACUGUCGCCUAUUGUUAGGAAGAAUUGGGCGAUGAAGUAAUUCUGCCUAUUAAACAGGGAUUGUGUUUGAAUAAGCAAACAUCACUUUGUGGAUUCAUCAUAUCCAUCAAUCGAAUGCUAGCAGGUGCAGGGGUGUCUGUGCGAUGGGACCUGUGCCCCUGAGUCUCCUGCUCUCUCUCUGUCUUGCCCUGUUCUCAGCCUCAGCUGGCAGCACAGGUGAGGAUGAAUACACCUGGCCCCAGAGGAAGGUGCCGCUACUGCGAAGCAGGCGGACAGUGCGCCUGGGUAGCUCCAGCUUCUCGGCUGAGCAGCAAGGCGGGCUGCAGAGCACUUGUGGGAUCGAGUGUCAGCGGAACCUUGCAGAGCCCAGUCUGGUGAUGCUGGAGAACAUGCUCUCCUACGAGACGCUGUACGAGAACGGCACGCGCACGCUCACUACUAUCGCGCUGCACCAGGCCGCUGACCCCACCCACUUGCCCACAAACUCCUCCUCGCUGAGGUCCCGCCGCAAGCGUGCGGUCUAUGGCUUGGACACACGCUUCACCAUCGCGAAUAAGCAGUACUCGCUGAAGUACCCGUUCUCCACGUCUGUGAAGAUCUCGACAGGCUGCUCCGGUGUGCUGCUGUCCCCCAGACACGUGCUGACUGCAGCCCACUGUGUCCACAACGGCUUGGACUACCUGAAGGGGACGCGGAAGCUGAGUGUGGGCAUCCUGCGUGACCAAUCUCGCCGCAGGAAGGGCAAGCGUGGGAAGGGAGGGAAGAGGAGACGAGGGAAGGAGGCACGCGAGGUGUCGGGGGGAGAUGAGCACGGCGAGGAGAAGAAACGUGAGCGGAAAUCGAAGGGCCGGAGAAACCGGAGCAGGCGGAGCGCCGAAACCGGGCCACCCUCGUUCCGCUGGACACGCGUGCGCCAGACGCAGGUGCCCAAGGGCUGGUUCAAGGAUGUGGGGGACGGCACCAGGGCUGACUACGACUACGCCGUGCUGGAGCUGAAGAGGGCACAGAAGAGUCAGCACAUGGACCUCGGCAUCAUCCCUUCCGUUACCAAGCUCCCCGCCGGCCGCAUCCACUUCUCAGGCUUCGACGAUGAUCGGCCGGGCAACCUGGUGUACCGCUUCUGCUCCGUGUCAGAGGAGUCCAACGAGCUGCUGUACCAGUACUGCGACGCCAAGCCCGGCUCAAGCGGCGCCGGUGUCUACGUCCGCCUGAAGGAGCCCGGCAAGAGGAAGUGGAAGCGUAAGGUGAUCGGGGUGUUCUCAGGCCACCAGCAGGUGGAGCUGAACGGUGCGCAACAGGAUUACAACGUGGCUGUGCGCAUCACACCCCCUAAGUUCGCCCAGAUAUGCUACUGGGUGUAUGGAGACUCUAGCCAGUGUCAGACAACCUGAGGGACUGCCACUGGGGGCCAUACUGACUGCCCCACCUACUGCCCCACCUCCCACUGCCCCGCCUCUUACCCAAUCUGGCCUCUCCUCAAACUGCCUCCCCGACUUCCUUCCUUCAGAGCCGGCUUGCAGAAACAGCACCACAGGGUUAGCAUGGAAUUUGACAGCAGACUGUGUGGUAAACAAGCCUGGUUUCCAUUUUGCUUGGGCUUUUCUGUCAUCCAAAAAGCCUCAGCUGAUGCAGCAUUCCAAACUGGCCACCAGUUUCUGGUCUUUCUUCCAAAAGAGACUCGUCAUUACUGUAUUAUUACUGAUAAGCCAAAUCAGUGGCAGGCAAGAAAUGAUAAUUUAUUUAAUUUUAAAAUAAAUUCUCUUAAUGAAUGGGCUGUAUAAAAAUGAAACAGAAAGGUCAGCUAGUAAGGCUACAAGGAAUAAAUUGAACAAUGAGAAAUCUGGAAAAGAUUUCAUUUUGAUCCAUUUUCAUAUGUAUGCAUAUUUAUCUUUCAUAUGUCAUCAGUGUCACUUUAGACUGAGAGUGCUGAAAUAGCUUCAGAGCAAAUCAACUAGUUUUGGCUUAAUGCCCCAGCAAAAAAAAACCAAACAACUUUUUUUUUUUUUUUGAGUGAAAAAACCUUUGGUGUAUGCUUGUAGAGGUUUUUUUUAUUUUCUUUUUUGUUUGUUGUGCUUUUAGGAAAAAAAAAAAUUGUUUAAUACAUUAGUCUUCUGAUUAUGUUUCAGAAAUUGUUAAUGAUGUAAGUUUUAAAAAUAAUGUAACUGGGUAUUCAGCCUUAUGGUUACACAACUUGUGCCUUUUUCACUGGCAAAGAGGCAGUCAGCUGACAUGCGGCGCAGUCAUCCUGCCCAGAAACACAGGUGCUAGUGUACAUUUUUGGUGCUAAUUUAAUUUUUUUAAAUAUUAAAUUUAUAAAGACUCAUCAGAGUGUAUUUCGAUAGAGUACUGUAGAGCUAUAAGUAUUAAAUCUAAGGGUAAAGUGAUGGACUUAAUGUGGCAAUUUUUUAGUAAAAUUACAAAAGGUUAUUUAAAUUCAGAUACUCAAGGCAUUGGACAUCAUUUGACUUUUGUAAUUGCAGAAUAGGAUAUAAUUAUGUAGAUGAAUAGCAAAUAAAAAUCAGAGUUAAUGUAAAUGUGUUGAUUUUAUACAAUGUUUUUAAAUACCAAAUAAAUUAUAAUUCAUACAUCAUGUUCUAAGAGGUUAGAAUAUUAUUAUUAUUAUUGCAGCAUAUUUGGCUUUCCCAUACAGAAAGGAACAAAUGUGCCUUUAGCUGCUGCAUUCUCUGUCGCAUCUUUAGACAAGGGUCUUAGUACUUUUUUCAACACCUACUUAAGAUGUUUGAUACAACAAGGGUAGUUUUGUAGUGUUACUCCAUUUCAAACUCAAACAGCAGGUGUGUGGGGAUACAGGUAGACAUAGUUUCCCUUCUAUGUUGACGUAGCUUUAGUUACACAAAAGUGUUCUGAAGACAUGUGUUUGGUCAUUGAUAUGUAGCUAGUGAUCUGGCUUGGGUCUAUUAGAGCAAGUGUGUAGUGCUGUGGCCUCUUUUAUCUCUGUAUUAUGAUAGCUGGGUUCUCUACAGGACUGCUGCUGGUUAAUAAUUUUGACAGUGUCAGCCUCUGGAGUUAUGUCACAGAAGGCUGCAAUAUGCACCCACAUGGUUAUUGGUAACUAUCAUAUUAAGCAUUUGCAGAGGUGUUAAUGUAUUGCUAGGCAAAUUGGAACCACAAAAUAUUGCAGUACAAUUGCCCAUAUAGACCAUUUAGAUGUGGUGUGCUCAACCUGUGUCCUGGACAUCCACUGCCCUGCAGAGUUUAGUUUCAUCACACAAGGCUCUGAGAUGCUACUGAAGGUCCCGAUUAACUGAAUCAGGUAAAUUAGUGUUUCAUCUAUAUUCUGCAGAGCAGUAGGGAGAUCUGGAGGAGAGAUUUGCCAAGUCAAGCGGGGAUUUCCCAGACCCUAUCUUCUACAUGUGUACACACUUGGGUCAUUAUUGAGCCUUGUGUAAACUGUCUCGGGUAUGUUAGACCAGGUAAAGUAAGUGUAAACAACGUGAGGUCCCCAGGAGCCAAUGUCAUCAAAGUCAAUAAACUUAAGCUCAGCCAGCCAUUUUUAAUCUUCUGUGUAUUUAUUGCAUCUCAAAAGGCUUACAUGCACUGGGUCAGGGUGCCAUAAAUAUAUGAAUAAAUAAAGUCAAAAUAAACAUCUGAAAAAAAA